UGUUUACACGAUAAAAAGAUAAAAAAUUUGCCUCCUCCAACCAUUCUUUUCCUUAAAUAAUCAAACACUCACCAAGCUAAUCCAUUUUGAGUUUGACCAACUCUCUCUCAUUUACACGCUAUAAUUACUUAUUUUCCAAAAUCGAUUAAUUUAUCAAGAAAAGGGUAAAAUUGGGAUUUUAAUAAAAGUAUGAAUGAUCCACCGCGUUCUACUAUUAUACUCCCAUUUAAGACGUUAAGUUAGAAUUCCAGAUAUAACCUCAGGUGGCGGUGAAUCGGUAUGACUCGGCGGUGCUCUCACUGCAGCAACAACGGUCAUAACUCACGGACAUGUCCGUCGAGAGGCAGUGGCGGCAGCGGCGGCGGUGGGGUUAGGCUUUUUGGUGUUAGAUUGACGGAUGGAUCGAUUAUUAAAAAGAGUGCGAGUAUGGGGAAUUUAACGCUUGCGAAUCAUCAUCAUUGUUCUUCUCCUUCGUCGGUUAAUCCCGGUUCGAUUGUUAACCCCGGUUCACCGUGUUCUGACCCGCCCAAUGAACCGGAAGGUUAUUUGUCUGAUGAUCCUGCAAAUGUUUCCAGCUUCGCUAUCCGCCGCAGCGACAGAAAGAAAGGUGUUCCAUGGACUGAAGAAGAACACCGGAUGUUCUUGGUUGGACUCCAUAAACUAGGCAAAGGAGACUGGCGUGGGAUAGCACGUAAUUAUGUUGUGUCAAGGACCCCUACUCAAGUUGCAAGUCAUGCACAGAAGUACUUCAUCCGUCAGAGUAAUGCUACCAGGAGAAAGAGACGUACGAGUCUUUUCGACAUGACUCCUGAUAUGUAUCCAGAUUCAACUUCAAUGCCAGAAGAACAAGUACUACUUCCACCUUCUGAGAACUCACAACCUUGCAAUGGAAAAUCACAUCCGUCACUAAAUCUCUCUCUCAAGUCAGAAUAUGAACCAAUGGAAACUACAUCCGAAGAAAACGUAGAAGAGGGCAAUGAAAAUCCUAUGGGAUCGAAUAGAUUGACACCAAUGACUCACGGAUUCUUUCCAUCUUAUUUACCUGUCUCAUUUUCCAUGUGGCCGACAAUUGGAGCUCCCUUUGAAGUAUCCAACGGUGGAGAGACAUCUCAUCAUAGUCAUCAUCAGGUUCUCAAGCCGAUACCGGUCAUUCCUAAGGAACCCGUCAACGUUGAUGAACUCGUGGGGAUGUCUCAUUUGAGCAUCGGGGAAACACAGGUGUGUGAUAGAGAGCCUCCCCCUCUUUCCUUGAAUUUGUUAGGAGAGCCCUCAAGACAAUCAGCAUUCCACGCAAAUACUCCGGUUGGUGGCUCUGAUCUAAACAGUGGCAAAAACAACGCCAUUCAAGCGGUUUGAGGCUUUCAAAUUCGGGUGAAAACAGUAGUAACUAAGCUUUCUUUUGGUCAUCUUUCAUUUGUGCUAUUAUAUACAAUCUUUUCUUUUGCUCUGAGUCAUAGUGUUAAACUUCUUAGUAAGAAGUUACAUAUUGUGGUAUGUAGCUCAGGUUAGAUCAAUUCUUUACAAAAAAUUUAUUCUUUCUAACUGUAAACAAAAAUGAAGUUUAAAUAAUCAAAUAUUUUCUAGAGGUCCAUGUUCCUCUAGUUUUGGCUAUAA